AUGAGAGAAGUCAUCAGCUUGAACGUCGGCCAGGCUGGCUGUCAGAUUGCCAACUCAUGCUGGGAGCUGUACUGCUUAGAGCACGGGAUCCAACCCGAUGGUUACCUGACGGAAGAACGCAAAGCUGCCGAUCCUGAUCAAGGUUUCAGCACCUUCUUCUCCGAGACCGGUAAUGGCAAAUAUGUCCCUCGCACCAUCUACGCGGAUCUAGAGCCCAAUGUCGUUGACGAGGUCCGCACCGGCACCUACCGAAGCCUGUUCCAUCCCGAGCAGAUGAUCACUGGAAAAGAGGAUGCCUCAAACAACUAUGCUCGUGGCCACUACACCGUGGGAAAGGAGUUGAUCGAUCAAGUGUUGGACAAGGUUCGACGAGUUGCUGAUAACUGUACCGGUCUUCAAGGCUUCCUUGUCUUCCACUCUUUUGGCGGUGGUACUGGCUCUGGCUUUGGCGCUCUCUUGAUGGAACGUCUCUCCGUUGACUAUGGCAAGAAAUGCAAGCUCGAAUUCGUCGUCUACCCUGCACCACAGAACGCCACCUCAGUCGUUGAACCAUACAACUCGAUCCUCACUACGCACACUACGUUGGAGCACUCUGAUUGUAGUUUCAUGGUUGACAAUGAGGCAAUCUAUGAUAUCUGCCGACGUAACCUUGGGAUUGAGAGACCUAACUUCGAGAAUCUCAACCGCUUGAUUGCGCAAGUUGUCUCUUCCAUCACCGCCUCUCUACGAUUCGAUGGCUCUCUCAAUGUCGACUUGGCCGAGUUCCAGACCAAUCUGGUGCCAUAUCCCCGUAUCCACUUCCCUCUCGUGGCCUACGCCCCCGUGAUCUCGGCUGCGAAGGCUCAGCAUGAGGCCAACUCAGUGCAAGAGAUCUCAAUGUCCUGCUUUGAGCCCAACAACCAGAUGGUCAAAUGCGACCCACGCAAUGGCAAGUACAUGGCAACUUGCCUGUUGUAUCGCGGAGAUGUGGUUCCCAACGAUGUGCAUACCGCAGUCGCCACCCUCAAGACCAAGCGAACCAUUCAAUUUGUGGACUGGUGCCCUACUGGAUUCAAGAUUGGCAUCUGCUUCCAACCUCCUCAGAUGGUGCCGAAUGGUGACCUUGCCAAAGUUAACCGUGCAGUUUGUAUGCUUUCCAACACCACUGCAAUUGCUGAGGCAUGGUCGGCAUUGUCUCACAAGUUCGAUCUCAUGUACUCGAAACGAGCAUUCGUGCACUGGUAUGUCGGCGAGGGCAUGGAAGAGGGCGAGUUCUCCGAAGCACGUGAGGAUCUUGCAGCCUUAGAGAGAGACUACGAGGAAGUUGCCAGUGAUUCGAUCGAAGAGGGAGACGGCUCUGAGAUUGAGCAUUAG